AUGAAUGAAACUGCUAUGGAAGCUCAGGAAGAGUCUAGAUAUGCCGAUUUUACGACUCCCAGCUAUGUCAUGCCGGACUUUUUGGAACUCUCUCCUUCAAUUGAAAUGCACCAGGACGCGCAAACGAUCCCAAAUAAAAGCAUGGAGUCCUCGGAUGAAAGCAAUCAUCGAUCCAAAGUAACGAAAGCAGAUCUAUUAGUUACACAGAUAAAACGCAAAGCCCUCUAA